AAAAAUGAACAUUCUUUUGCUACUUUCAAUAAUUCCAUUUACCUUAGCAUCAUCGUCAUCACUAUCUCCAGUUCUGGACGUCAAUGGCAACGACGUCGAAGGCGGUCCUAACUACUUCAUCUUACCAGUGAUCCGAGGAAGAGGCGGUGGCGGACUUUCCGCAUUCAACGUUAAACAAAACAGCACUUGUCCUAGGGACAUCAUACAAUGGGAUGACGAGGAACAAGAAGGAUUGCCCGUGGUGUUUACACGAAUCGACGCUAAAAAAAGCGUCGUUCGUGUAUCCACUGAUGUUAAUGUUAGGUUUUAUACUCCGACGAUUUGUGCUAGAGAAACUAUUUGGAAACUUGGAGAGUAUGAUGACAAGUUGAAACAGUAUUUUGUUGUGACGGGUGGAGUUGAAGGGAAUCCGGGUCUGAAAACCGUGGGUAAUUGGUUUAAGAUUGAGAAAUUCGGGUCGGGUUAUAAGUUUGUGUACUGUCCAAGUGUGUGCAAGUUUUGUAAAGUUAUUUGUAAAGAUGUUGGGAUUUUCAUUACUAAGGAUGGAGUAAGGUUAUUGGCUCUUAGUGACACUCCUCAUAAAGUCAUGUUCAAGAAGACUUUCUGAUUUUGGCAACUUUAUUUUGUAAUAAUAAAAAUAAAUAUUUUGUGUCUGAUUUGAUGUAA